GUGAGAUGAGCUGAAACUUUUCUGCAUUCCUCAGAGACGCGUAACAAAAGCCUGAAACAUCAAUUUGUUCAAAAAUGACCUCUGACCCUGUCGACCCGUACAUCUUCACCUCUGACACUUUGCCCUCUGAUCCUCGCUUCAUGCCGCCGCUAUCCAAUGGGCUGCUGGGGUUUAGAGUGUUUGAUUCAAUUAUGCAUAUGGGCGGGGUUUAUAACGGUGAAGGUGGGACUUGUCACCGUGGCAACAUCCCAUGUCCACUGGCAGCACAGAUGAAGACAGGAGACGUCGGACGACAGUUAUACGAGUUAAACAUGCACACAGGUGUUUUCUCUCAUACUGUGGUCACGUCUGAUUUUGAGGCCAUUCAGGUUUUGUAUGCUCAUCGAAACCAAUCAAACCUGCUGGUCAUGGAGAUUCUCCUCAAGCGCAUUAAAACCAGUGCUGAACCAAUCACCAUUCAGCUGGAGAGCUCAUUCAAACCCCAAAGUGAAGACAUUGCUUUUCAAAAUGCACCAGACUACAAAGGUGGAAGGCAUAUAUUUGGACAGACCGCCUCUUCUGAAGUUCCUGGAGGAGUACGUCCAGUUGUACAUCUGAUCUGGACGCCAGUCACACCCACUCUCACACUCCCGGCCAAUCAGAGCCAGUCCAGCUGGACUUUCCUAGUUGCUGUUGCUAGGAGCAACGAAAGCGCCCAAUCAUUUUACGAUUCUGGUUUAGCACUCAUUAAUACUGGUGACUUACGCCCCUCCCACCAGAGGAGCUGGGCGGAGCUUUGGAAGGGGAGCAGUAUUGAGGUGAUAGGAGCUGAGAGUCUGAACCGUGCUCUGAUUGGUUGCAUGUUUUACCUGCUCGGUUCAUUUCCAUAUGUAAAUAAAGAGGCGAGUGCUGCGUUUGAGUUUGGAGGAGUCAGUCCUGGAGGAUUGUCCAAUGGCAGUGAAGACGAGGAUUAUCAUGGACAUGUGUUCUGGGAUCAGGACACAUGGAUGUACCCCAGCAUUGCCCUCUUUUAUCCUGCUCUGGCCCGGGCUGUCCUGCAGUACCGUGUAGAAACACUAGAAGGAGCUCAAGUCAACGCUCAGCAGAUGGGCUGCAAGGGUUUGAAGUUUGCAUGGGAGAGCGCAGUGACAGGCGUCGAUGUUUGUCCAGAAGACGUUUACUCCCAGCAGGAGCUUCACAUCAAUGGAGACGUGAUUCUGGCCUUCCAGCAGUACUUCUACCUUACACAGGACCUGGAGCUGUUUCGGACUGGACGGGGCAGUGAGGUGGUGUGGGGCGUUGCUGAUUUCUGGGUUUCACGGGUGACAUGGGACUCUGCUGACCAACAGUACCACAUUAAAGGUGUGAUUCCUCCUGAUGAAUAUUACUUCACUGUGGACAACUCAGUGUUCACUAAUGCCGUCGCUCAGCGCAGUCUUGAGUUUGCAGUGGAGCUUUCGGCUCUGUUAGCUGAGGUUUCUCCUCCCGCUUGGCAGGACGUCGCUGACAAGAUCAAAAUCCCCUUUGACCCGGAGUUGAAGUUUCACCCGGAGUUUGACGGAUAUAAGCCAGGCAAUAAAGUGAAGCAGGCGGAUGUGGUUUUGCUGGGUUUCCCGCUGGCCUUUCCCAUGAGCCCAGAGAUCAGACGCAACGAUCUGGAGAUGUACGAGGCCGUCACUGACCCGCUCGGACCCGCCAUGACCUGGGGCAUGUUUGCUUUGGGCUGGCUUGAACUUGGAGAAGCAGAAAGAGCCCAAAAGCUUCUGCAGAAAUGCUUCAAAAAUAUCCAGAAACCAUUUCAGGUCUGGAGUGAAUCGGCUGACGGCUCUGGAUGUGUGAACUUCCUGACAGGGAUGGGUGGAUUCCUGCAGGCUGUACUGUUCGGCUACACAGGCUUCAGAGUGCAGAAGGAGCAGCUAGCCUUCUCUCCACUGCUGCCGCUGGAUGUUUCUGCACUCAGUGUGAAGGGUGUUUGUUAUCUCGGCCAUAAGAUGGACUGGACGAUCACAAGUGAAGAAGUAAAAGUUUCUGUGAGGAAGACUGACAGCAAAGAGACAUUCACUCUUCAAGUUGUGCUCAAUUCUGGAUCUACCCUACUGCUUACUCCAGGACAGUCUGUGAGCUUUCCUUGCCAGCCUGGUCACAUCCGUCAACUAAAAUCCAGUUCUUCCUGCUGGCCCAUCUGACGAUCCACAUCACAGACCAACUUUUUUGCUUUUCUGCCAGAGUUUUGGAAAUAUUAAUACCAUUAAUAUGUUUGAUAAACACUAUAUCAAGAUUUUAUAAAGAGCAUUUUGAUGCCUUUUAUACUGCAUCUUACUGUGAUAGUUAACUUCAUGGCUGGCAAUUAUACAAACUAGUAUUGCACGAAUAACAGUAAACUCUGGGAACAUUGAACAAUCUGUUUA